CUGCAGCUCUCUGGCAGAACAAGAGUCGCGGGGUUGACUCUCAGCUAUCUUAGUUUUCCCAGACUCUGCAGGAUUUGCACUGUGUCCUCCAGAGAGGCUGGAGUUUUCUUCUUCCCUGUUCAAGCUCUGUCUCCGUCUUUGGUGAGGCUUCGGAGGAAGAAGCAGCCUGAAAUGCAUUACAGGUGCACGGUGCCGAAUCUCAGAUGCUCCCCUUUCAAUUUACCUCUUAUUGACAAGAUGAAUGACUGUCCAGGCUGUGUGCUGACUCCAGGAACCGAGGAGCGGGUUCUUAUCAAGGGAAAAGAAAAUGCUGUGUGCCCAGCUCCUUGCCCUAGCAGCGGCUGUGUCGCAUUACAGAGCCAUGGCCAUUCAUGAAGUGUGCAGGACAGCAGAGGUGGCCGACGUUUUGUUCCUCGUGGGGCAGUCCCAGGGUGCGGAGACGGAGAGCACGCGGCUGCUCAAGGACUUUGUCAGCAGCAUGGCUCGCUCCUUUGAGAACGUGGUGAUGGGCAAAGGAGGCGUCCGGCUGGCAGUGGCACUCUAUGGAGAGAAACCAAGGAUGAGUAUUGAACUGACGGAUUAUGUGACCAUCGAGGAAAUACUGGUGGCAAUUCAGGAGCUCUCCUUCAAAAGAAGCAACCUAAAAACGGGAGCUGCCCUGGCGUUUGCAGCUCAUGCCAUGUCUCGCCCAGCCACACUGCGAGAGGAUGCAGCAAAGGUAGUCGUUUUGAUCACGGAUGGGAAAUCCAGCGACUCGGUUGAAGACAAAGCCCACGUCCUGCAGGAUCGGGGAGUGACGGUGUUUGCUGUAGGAAUUAAGGAUGCUGACAAGCAGGAACUGAAGACAAUAGCUUCUGAGCCCACAGCAGAGCACGUGGUUUACGUUGACGAUUUCCACCUGCUCCACAGCGUGGCCCCCAAGCUCUCCCGAAGGCUCUGCUUCACUGCCUCAGAGCCACCACGGCCCAUCAAGCAGACUGUGCAAGCUGAGAAGAUCGUUGGCCCUCGGGAUCUGCACGUCAGUGAGCACAGCCACAGCUCGCUGCAGCUCACGUGGAUGCCAGCUACAGGGAGGGUGACGGGGUACCAGGUCCACUUGCAUCCCUUGUUGCCUUCUGGGCAGCCAGUUUUGGAGGACCAGCGGCAGAUCAUGGUGGAUGGUGACAAACACACCGUGCUGGUUCCUGAUCUGAAACCCAACACCAAAUACGUCUUCACGGUGAGAGCUGUCUACACAGAUGCCCUUGGGGAAUCAGCAGCUGUCAAGGGGAAGACAACACCUGUGCCUCCAGUCACUAAUUUCCGGGUGAUAGAAGAAGGACUUUUUAGCUUGAAGGUUGCUUGGACACCUCCCCUGGGCAAGCUGGAAGGCUACAAGAUCUACAUCCCCAGAGCCAACAGACCAGGAAUGACCUACGAGCAAGUUCUGCGGGGCGAUGUCUCCUCCCACGUGCUGGAUAACCUGCAGGAGGACAGAGAGUACAGCGUCAGCAUCUACGCCGUGUACCCCCAGGGGCCAAGCCAGCCCGUGGCUGCUGUGGGGAGAACAUUGAAGCUCCUGCCCGUGAAAAGCAUCUUGCUGCAGAAUGAGACCACUGACACACUGCAGGCGAGGUGGAGCCCCGUCCGGGGAGCAACAGGCUACAGGCUCACCUGGACAUCAGCAGAGGGUAGCAUCCAGGAUGUGAACCUCAGCAACACCUACACCUACUACAUGAUCCAGGGGCUGCAGCCCGGCACAGAAUACACCGUCACCAUCAACCCCAUCUUCGGAGAUGUCGAGGGGCCGGUAGUAAAUGCAAAAGCGACCACAGUGGCUUCAAGCACCGUGCAGAUGCUGAAAGUGAGUGAAAUAUCCAUCAGUGGUGCUCUGGUCUCCUGGGACUCGGUUGCUGGGGCCACUGGGUACCGAGUGGCUUGGGGUCCUACACCGGAAUUCUUUGGCAAAGACCGGCCUCGGCAGCUGUCUCUCAACAAGUCGACCACAGCCUACAGGCUCCGCAACCUGGCCCAUGACACCGAGUACGUGAUUUCCCUCUAUGUGCUCUUUGGCUCAGUGGAAGGACCAGGCAUCACAACCUCAGCCAGGACAUCUCCUCUUGGCUACGUCUCCAAUUUCAAGGUGACAUCCUACACCAACACAAGCCUGUCUUUGGCGUGGAGUGCCACAGCAGCUGCCACCAAAUUCAAAGUCACAUGGAGCCCCGUGGGAGCAGGCAAUGAAAACCAGGUUGCCAAGACUCAGUACCUGGGCAGUAGGGUGUUAGCUCACCGUAUCGACCACUUGCUGCCUGACACCCAGUAUAAAGUCAGCAUUAGGGCUGUCUUCAGCAAGACCGAGGGGCCAGAGGUGACUCUGACUCACCGCACAGCAUCUCUCGCAGACUCCAACCCCAUCCAGACCGUCCAAGAUCUGAAGAUUACAGACACUGGUGUAAAUAGUUUGAAGCUGUCUUGGAAGAGGCUUCCAGGGGUAACUCACUAUAAGAUAUCCUGGGUACCAUUCAGCGGUGGCUUGGAAACCUCACAGCUGGUUGAAGCAGAGACCAUCUCGUUCAUGAUCCCCAGACUGAAGGAGGGCACCACCUACACCAUCUGCGUGUCUGCAGUGAUUGGGGGCCAGGAGGGAAGCCCCACACUCCUUAUAGCCAAAACCUUGGAUUUACCCAAAGUGACCGAAUUCACGGUGCAGGAAGCUGCAGAAACCAGUGUUUUGCUGACUUGGGCGGCUGUUCCUGAUGCAUCCACGUACCUAUUAACGUGGCGCUUGUCCUCAGAUUCUGAUCUUUCCCUGGAACUGUUAUCAGCAGCUUCAAGAUCAUACCGAGUGACAGGACUGAGCUCCAAGGAGACGUAUUUGUUUUCCAUAAGGCCAGUCUUUGGAAAUACUGAGGGACCAGAGACAACACUCAUUGCACAAACAGGACCUCACACAGAUUCACCUGCACUGGUCUCUCCCGUGACUUCUGCAAAAUUGGCUGCAAUGAGAUCCCCAACCACAGCUCCUAGCAAUGUGAGGACCACUCCUCUCCCACUAGCCACGGCUACAACAUUAGCACCAACCCCAGACACCCUGCCAGCAACCACCACAGUGUCUGCACCGCUGAAGACUCUCCCUGGGCCAAUCUGUGGCAAGUUCAAAGCAGAUGUUGGGUUCUUGGUGGAUGAGUCCUCAAGUAUUGGCCAGAGCAAUUUCAACAAAGUGAAGGAUUUCCUCUUCCGAAUCGUUUCCUAUUUCCCUAAGAUUGGGUCAGAAGGGACACAGGUUGCUGUCGCACAGUACAGCGAGGAGCCCAGGGCAGCCUUCCACUUCAACCAGCACCAGGACCGCAACAGCGCCCUAAAAGCCAUCAAGGAGCUGCACUACACUGGAGGCAACACAAAAACAGGUCGUGGUAUAACCUACAUGCUAAAGGAAAUAUUUCAGUCCUCCAGAGGGAUGAGACCUGAGUUCCCUCACAUGCUGGUGCUCGUGACUGAUGGGCGAUCCCAGGACGAUGUGUUGCCACCAGCCAGAGUAGCUCAUGCUUUGGGAAUCCGCAUCAUUGCUGUGGGUGUCUCAGGAGCCGACCCUGCUGAGCUCAACAGCAUCUUGCUGCAGCAGAACCUCCAGAAUGUUUUCUACGUCAGCACAUUUGAUGACUUCCCCCAGAUCCUCCGAGAGCUGAUAGAAGUUAUUUGCUCUGAUCCUCAGCCUUCAGGGGCCCAGUUGCCUAGUGGGGAGGUUGCAACACAUGAGGCCACCAAGCAGCUGCCAUUUGAUGGCACGGAGAGCAAGCUACACCCUCCUGCCCCAUCGUCAGCUCAACCACACCUCCAAAAAGGAGAGGAGGCUUGUGGUCCCUGGUGCCUGAAGAGCUUCAGGGGCUCACCAACUCGUGGAGGCUACGACUCAUAUGGAUUUGUUAUGAAGGGAGAGAAAGGAGAGAGGGGCCUGCCUGGGAAGGAUGGCAUUCCAGGGCUGCCAGGUAGGCCGGGGAGGACAGGUCCUCCUGGUCCCCCAGGGCUCAUGGGACUCCCUGGCAUCCAAGGUGAUAUCGGAGCUCCUGGCUAUCCAGGACCAGUGGGGCCAAAAGGAGACCGGGGCGAACCAGGCUAUGUCCUGGGAGGAGUGGAGGUGAUUCCCGGCCGAAACGGGCAGCCUGGCCCCCCUGGACAGAAAGGACAGCCAGGGGUUCCUGGGGUAGCAGGACCUCCAGGUUUACCAGGCUUACCAGGGCCACAGGGGCCACCAGGCAUCUCCAUCAAGGGUGAACCAGGGGAUUCGGGUAUCAGAGGCCCUCGUGGGAGGAGCGGCCUCAAAGGGGACCGAGGAGGCACGGGAGAGCCGGGGAAACCUGGCUUGCCAGGCCCUGUAGGACUGGAUGGUGUUCCUGGACUGCCUGGACCACGUGGAGAAAAGGGGAUGGCUGGAACUGGCAUUCCUGGCACUGCUGGCUCGAAGGGGGAAGAAGGAGAGCAGGGGGCGAUGGGCCCUCCAGGAGUACCAGGUCCAAAGGGACUCCCAGGACCUCCAGGGCCAAAGGGAGACCAAGGGAACCCAGGAUUUCCAGGUGCUCCAGCUAUGGGGGUUUUGGGACCACCAGGCAAGAAGGGUAUGAGGGGAGAUAUCGGACCAACAGGGGCCCUGGGACCACGAGGAGACAAAGGAAUACAAGGAGACAAGGAGAGAAGGGAAGCCCAGGUUUUGGCAUUCCUGGUCAGCCCUGGGCUGAAGGGAGACCCGGGGGACAGGGGAAAUGUAGGUUUGUCUGGGAAACCGGGUCAAAAGGGGGAAAUAGGUCUGAAGGGAGAGAAAGGUGAACCAGGAGUACCUGGGAAACCAGGCGAGACCGGACUAAGAGGUAAAGAUGGAGAACCAGGGAAGAAAGGCACCUCCGGAACAAAGGGAGAAGCUGGUGCCCCUGGAGAACCAGGAGAAAGAGGAAUGAGGGGCCCACUUGGACUCCCAGGACGACCUGGAGAGCAGGGCAUAAAAGGCGACACAGGACAACCUGGAAAGGACGGAAUCACUGGAGAGAAGGGAGACAAGGGCGAUUCUGGUAAGCCUGGUCUGCCUGGGACUCCUGGAAGCAUUUUGUCUUCUCUGGAAAACACCAUCACCCUGAAAGGUGAAAAGGGGGAUCGCGGGAAGGAUGGUUUGAAAGGUGAAAGAGGACCUCCAGGCCCAAAGGGAGAGCCCGGUCCACCAGGAAAAGGAGUGGAAAUGAAGGAUCUGGAGAGACUUUUUGAAGAAAAUGGUAUUAAGCUGGCAUUGCUGAAGGAUCUCUCCAACGUGCUGCUACGGGAUGGGCUGGAUGGGCUGAUUCAGCAGUUGGGCAGCUCCAGGACAAGCAAAGCCUCCAGGAGAAAGCAGACACUUGCACAGACAGCUAAGCAUGGUGAUUCACUGAAGUUUGAUACUUCUCGUGAUGCCCUGGCCAGCAGCGAGGUGACAGAAGAAGCACAGAGCCUGGCAGCGGAGCCUCCGUUUAGGGUGCUGGUGUCUGAAGGACCCCCUAAGGGUCCAUCUGCUGGUGAGUACCAGCCCCUGGGGAACACUCCCGAGUCCUUGGAGGAGAGAAAGAAGGAGAGAGACUCGAAAGGGACAAACACUUCUCUCAGCAGUCAUCCCCUGCAGAGCUUGCCUGUGCCCCACACACACCCCAAAGAUGAUCUGCAAGGAAACCAAUCCACGGAGCUUCUUGAGUCCUUGGAGGAGAAAGCACAAGGACAACCCCAAGAGGACACCAGCCAUGAAAAGAUGAAUUCGGGUGAUGGUUCUGCAUUCCCAAGGCACAUGAGGGCCAGGAGAUCAGCCCAGCAGGACAGACACCUGGUGCAUCCCCCCGGUGCCCCAGGAGCUCCGAAAUCCCCAUCUGGAUCUGCGACGUACCCAGGCCCUCAGCACCCAAGGAGAAUUAAGAAGGAGGAAACGGGCCAGCCAGAUCCACCCUUGUGUUGCCAAAAGGGAGAAAUGGGAGCUCCAGGAGCCCGUGGAGACAAAGGAGAAAAGGGGCAGCCUGGAGAGAUGGGGGAGCCUGGAGAAAAGGGCACCAAAGGAGACAGAGGGGAAAAUGGUCAAAAGGGAGAACCAGGAAUUGGAUUCAGAGGUCCUGUUGGUCAGGCUGGUCCCCCAGGAUUUAAGGGUGAGCCAGGGGCCCCAGGACCUCCAGGAGCUCAGGGCAUCCAGGGCAUUCGAGGCAACGCUGGCACUCCUGGGACACAGGGGGACAGAGGGGCUCCAGGCCUGCCCGGGACACCAGGACAGAAGGGUGAACGUGGGAAGAGAGGCCGGAAUGGAUUUGCUGGACCUGUAGGACCGUCGGGAUCCCCAGGAAAAGAGGGGAUUCCUGGGACACCCGGACCCAAAGGCAACAAGGGAGAAGUUGGGGUUGGAGCUGCUGGACCAAGAGGUCCUCGUGGGCUGCCUGGCCCUCAGGGUGGUAAGGGCGCUGUGGGAGUCCGUGGCCCCGUUGGCAUGAUGGGUUUAAAAGGCCUCCCGGGCAUGAAAGGCGAAAGAGGUGAUCGGGGACUUCUGGGACCCAAGGGAGAAAGAGGUGAUCCCAUGACUGGUUUUGGACCCCAGGGCUAUAAAGGCAGUAAAGGAGAUCACGGUGAACAGGGUCUGCCAGGUUUUGAUGGAGACAAAGGCGAGAAGGGAGAGGAUGGACCUGUAGGAGAAAAGGGACUCAAAGGUGAAGCUGGCUCCAAGGGAGUCAUGGGGCUUUUCGGAACAAGAGGACCGGUGGGACAGAAGGGGGAGCCAGGAGCACGAGGUCUGCCAGGCUCUGCAGGUGCAGCAGGCCUCGAUGGGAGGAACGGAAACAAGGGAGCCAAAGGUGACAGAGGUCUUCAGGGACAGAAGGGGAAAGCAGGAGAUAAAGGUGAUCCUGGGAUUGCUGGUGACAUCGGGCGGAAAGGAACAAAGGGCUUACAUGGGCUCCCAGGACGCACUGGCACGCCAGGAGUCAAGGGCACCAAGGGGGAAAUUGGCAGUCCUGGAAAACCAGGAAUCCCAGGAUCAGAUGGGCCAUCUGGACCUAAGGGCGAACAGGGAGCAUCAGGUGACAACGGUGCCAUGGGGAUUCCUGGGGAGAAAGGAGAAAAGGGGGCCAAGGGAGUUCCUGGCUUGGGAGGCUUCAAAGGACAAAUGGGGUGGCCUGGAAAGACUGGAGCUGCAGGACCAGAUGGACCUCAAGGGCCCCAAGGCAAACCAGGGCCACAGGGCCCACGAGGAAGAAGAGGGAGACCUCCACUCUGCCUCAGAGGGCCCCCGGGCAUGGACGGGCAAAAAGGAGCAGCGGGUGAAAAUGGGCCGGCUGGCCAGAAAGGAGAAAAGGGAGAUCCUGGUCUUUCUGAGGAAGAGGUGAAGGAGGUGGUCAGGAGCGAGAUGAGAGGCAGAUGCGAUUGUGGAGGUGAGUUGGGAAGGACGCUUGUGGAAAGGGGCCUGGAGGCAGCUGAAAUCAGCAGGCAGCUCCCAGGGUAUUCUGAGGAACAGGAACACCCCGGAAGGGAUGGUGAAAGCCAGGAAGAAAUGCUCAACAAAACCCAGAGCAUGACCACGUUAGCAACAUUGUCGGAGCCCUUCAUGGACCCUUCACUUAUUGCAGCAGCUUCCAGCGUGCGGCAGAUAACGGGGCCCUCUCUGCACAAGCGCCGAGAAGCCCACAGUCAAUUACCAGCCCCCUGCCUGCAGCCGAUGGACGAGGGCUCCUGCCGGCACUACGCCCUGCGCUGGUAUUUCCACCCCGCGACGAAUUCCUGCCGACCCUUCAUCUUCGGGGGAUGCCGAGGGAAUGGAAACCGCUUCGAAAGCAAGUGGGAGUGCGAGCAGCACUGCAAAACCUCAGCAGACCGAGGGAGGUGAUCGGCUGCAAUCCACGCCUAAAUCAAAGGGAAACAGAGCUGUGAGAAGUGCCUCCAGAACAUCUUGGAGACUGGACAAGUAAGACAACCCAUUUAGCAUGAAGAAGCAACAGAGGUUGGGGAAAAAAAAAAAUCAAAAACUAAUUAUGAGCAGGAAACAAAGCGAUAUGAGGAGAGCAAAGCACCUGAUUGCUCCGGAAAGCUUUGUCUGGAGGCUCAUGACUGCACCGCUCUACUCAGAAAACUGCCGUGCAAAACCAGACAACGCCCACCCCCGAGUUUAUUUUUGUAAAAUAAAAGUGUGUUAAUGCUGC